UAUAGUUCAGUUUGCUCUGUCGUGAGUACGAUCAAGUCUGAAUUGUGACAACCAUGAGCCGCCACGUUAUAACUGCCCUUUUUGUUGCCGUUGCUUUUGCUAACUUAGUUUACAGUGCCCUUGUAGAAAAUACUCAUCUGGUUACUAUGAGAAAAGCUGAGUUUAUGGAAAUCGUCGACUGCAUUUCAAACUCUAAAGACGUGGUUGCAUGUGGGAAAUUUGUCGAAUGUGAAAAGAUGAUGCCGAAACAAGUUUUGGCUGCUUUUGAGAAGUGCCAGAAAGAAUGCAUUGCUGGCGGUGCACUGAAGUGCAGUCCUCAUGAACCACUGUAUAAGUCUCUUGAGAUUCCAGAGAAGGUAUUUGAAUGCAUUGUUGAAAACACUCACAAGCUAACGCCAGAAGAAAAUAUGAAGAUGGUAGAAUUUGAAAAAUGCAGCCGAGAACUUCAUAUUGAAACAUGCAAGUUGCCUAAACAUCAUCACUGAUUUGUUGGCUUGAGUUGAGUUCUCCAGACACUAUGAACCUAAAUUUGCCUGCAUUGGAUGCUCUUACUUAUUUUAUAAUGAUUCACUUGUACUUAAAUUUUUUCUGCAUUGCCUGAAUAUAAACACACUUUAUAAGGUUUUUCUUUUGUACCAUUCUUAAUAAAUAUUAAAUAACAAA